AACUGCAGCAGUUGCUGCGUGUAUGUUCAAAUAAACGGAGUGGUGUGGCAACAACGACGGCUGUUGUUGUUGAAGUGAAAAAAAAUAUAUUGAAAAAAAAAGAAAGAAUUAAAAUUACAAAAAGGAUAAGAAAUAAAAGUUAUCAGAAAAGAAAAUUUAUAUUGAAUGGAAAAGUUUAAUAAAUUAUAAAAAGUUAUUAAGAAAUAUUAAGUGUUUUGAAAGAAAUUACAUGAAAUAAAUUAAAACGAAAAAAAAUUCUUCAAAUUUUCUAUAUAAAUGCUGCCCGAGUUUAAAGGGGGAAAAAUGUGCAAAAAAUCAAUGUGACUAAAUAAAAGAAGAAAAAAGAGAAAAAAAUCCUUGUCUGUUUUUAACCACAUGCAAAAAAAAAAUGUAAAACUUCAGGAAGUCAUCCAUUAAAAAAACCCAAAAUCAAAUACCAAAGAAUAUAUUAAUAAUAAGUAUAAUAUAAAUGUGAUAUCGUCAAUAUUAGUUACAAAAAAAUAUUGACAAUAAUAAUAAAUAAACAUAAACCAACAACUAAAAUCUAAAAACUAGACUUAAGAAGUAAGACUAAUAAGUUGUAACUGAAACUCUAGCACUAGCCAAACUUAAACAGCAAUCAAUCAAUCAAUCCGCAACGCCUUCAUCAACACCUUCAAAACUCCUGCAAAACGCGAAUCACAGCAACAGCAGCCAAAUGUCAUCAAACAGUUUAAUAAAUGGUAGAUCUCUAUUACAUGAAGGUGCUCGUUCAAAUCGUCGUUCCCUGGUGUCUAUGAUAUUGGGUCUUGUAAUAGGUUUCUGUUUAGCAGAACUAUUUGUUUUGUCAACACCGGCCAAGCCGGAAUGGCUGCUAUAUGAAGGACACCGACAUGGUGAUAUUAAUGAUCCACAUGCUAGUCAUGAUCUCAUCGAUGCCUCAGGUCCUGAAUUGGAUGUGGGUUUUCAUCAACAUGAACAUGAAAAUAGUUCGGUGGCACAGAAAUUAUACAGCGAGGUACGUGUUCUCUGCUGGAUCAUGACAAAUCCUAAAAAUCAUAAAACCAAAGCACGUCAUGUUAAGCGUACCUGGGGUAAACGCUGUAAUAAGUUAGUGUUUAUGAGUUCAGAAGAGGAUAAAGAUUUGGGCACUGUAGCUUUGCCGGUUUCCGAGGGUCGUAAUAAUUUGUGGGCCAAAACCAAAGAGGCUUAUAAAUAUAUCUAUAAACAUCAUUUAAAUGAUGCCGAUUGGUUUUAUAAAGCUGACGAUGAUACUUAUGCGAUUGUAGAGAAUUUACGUUAUCUACUAUAUCCCUAUAAUUCCGAAACUCCCAUAUAUUUUGGUUGCAAAUUUAAACCGUUUGUUAAGCAGGGCUAUAUGUCCGGUGGUGCUGGCUAUGUUUUGAGCAAAGAAGCUGUACGACGUUUUGUGGAACAGGCCAUACCCAAUAAGAAAUUAUGUCGUGCGGACAAUGAUGGUGCCGAGGAUGUGGAAAUUGGCAAAUGUUUGGAAAAGGUUAAUGUAAUCGCUGGCGAUUCACGUGACCAUCAAGCGAGAGGCAGAUUUUUUCCCUUCGUUCCAGAACAUCAUUUAAUACCCCAUCAUACGGAUAAGAAAUUUUGGUAUUGGCAGUAUAUAUACUAUAAAACAGAUGAGGGUCUAGACUGCUGUUCAGAUUACGCCAUUUCAUUUCACUAUGUAACACCAAAUCAGAUGUAUGUUUACGACUAUUUAAUCUAUCAUCUGCGACCCUAUGGUCUAAUUAAUGCUCCUGAACCAUUACCAGAAAAAUUAAAAGUAGGUGAAACAGAAGCACCGCCUGUGGAACCUGCGGAGAAUCAAGCCCAAACAGUAGAGUCAUAAAAUUGAAUUAGUAAUAAGUUAGAUUUUCAUAAAAUUACACAGAUUUUAAUAUAAAAUUAUUAUUUUAAGAUUUUUUUUGUUUUGUAUAAAUUUCAAUGAUAAUAGAGAUGACAUAAAGAGAGGAAAUGUGUUUGCAUAUGUAAUCCUUAAAUAGUGUUUUUUUUAAAACCUGAGUUUCUACUCUAUGUGUUUUUCUCUAUGCCAUACAAAAAUUGUAUAUAGGAAAUAUUUGUAUUUAAAUUAUUAAUAAUUUUGCCAUAAAUGUUUUUUAUUUUUUUUAUUGUUUUAUUACUUUUUUUUUAAAUUUGUUUAAUUAAUUUUUAUUA